GGUCUGAAACUCUGAAUCCAAAACCCCUGAAAUAAAAAUGAGUAAAUGAGUUCUUUAGUUUUAUCGUCCGAGGGACAAAAAUGGCGAGGGCUUUGUCCAACAUGACCACAAACUCUAACCUCUACCACCACUCAGUUCUUACACUGCCGUAUCAGCUUCCCCGUGGAAGCGUCUUCCUAUUCUCGUCUCCUCGCCGUUUACGUUGCCUUGCCGUUGCUGGUGGUCCUCCUUCUCCUCCAGGCCCUGAUCCGCCUCCGCCUGAGGAUACUACUCAGCUUGAAGGUCUCGUGGGAGCAGUGACAAGGAUACAAGACCGAGUAAAGAUCUUCCUGGCAGUGUUUUUUUGGAUGUCUCUCUUCUUCUGGGUUACAGUGACAGAUGGGAGGGGUAAAGGGAAAGGCAAGAAAGGUUCUUCACGUUUCAAAUAAGUUUCCAAAAAAUGUGAAGAGGCU